GUUUCACAUAGCGGAUGUGCUGCAGCUACAGAGUUUUGUGAAAUAUUGGAAUUUCAGGUCUUUUAGUGAUCAGAAAUAUAGAAAUAAUGGAUUAUAAACAUUUUACUUGUGUCUGCUAGUAUUCAGAAUUUUGUCUCCUGUUGAAUUUGUGUGGAAAAAGCCUUUUUUCGGAUUGACUGCAGGUGAUGAUUGUGGAAAGUUUUUCGCUGACUGUAAUGGCGUAAAACGCAAAGAAGAAAGACGGCUAAUGUCUUGAAAAAUUAAAAAAACUUAGUUCAAUAAGUCACUGAUAUACGGUUCAUUGCCAAUUCACGUUCCGAUUGGAAAGUAGAUUUAGAUAUAGAUAAAAACAUGGAAGAAGUUCAAGUGAUCGAUUGUCCUCCAACUCCGGAGAUAUUGUUGCCCUCGAGUACUCCGCCAUCGAGCUCGUUGCUUGAUGCGUUAGAUAGUUCCUCAUCAGCAGAAGAGGUAGAUGUUUGCACAAAUCGGACAGAGGAUGCAUCGAACGAAAGUGGCCGCUUUUCGCCACCGCCCAAAUGCGCAAUCUGUUUGGGAAAGUGUCGUCAGAAAUGUUACACGGAUUCCUGUCGCCAUCAGUUCUGUUAUCGCUGUCUGCUCGAGUGGAGUAAGAUCAAAGCUGAGUGUCCUUUGUGCAAGCAGGUUUUCCGUUCCAUUAUUUAUAAACAGAAAACAUUUGGUCGAUACGAAGAGCACAUAAUCUCAAUUGUGCCACCAGCAUCUCCUCCUUCUACGGCGAGUGGACCGGGAAUCGGACCGACAGGUGGUGGCACGGGUCGUGCUCCUCCGCAGGUGUACCACAGGCUAGACUUUACUUUAUCGCAGACACCUCGUUUCACCUACAGUGCAACGCUCCGUGUUCAGCCAAGCCAAAGUGAACGGCUGCAGCAGCUCUUCCUGCACCAAUCCGGAGAUGUGCAACGUUUCAGUCGGGAAUAUCCUGAUGAUUCCAUUCCGUCCAGACAGAAUGGACCCGAAUGGAGACGAUACAUUUACCAUAGACGAUUACAUGCAAGGCCAUUGCCGGAUAUCAACGGUAGAUUUAGAGAAUGCAGCGCAGCGUUCUAUAGAGAAAACCCCGCUCAAAUCCACCGUCUCAUGCCGUGGAUCAAUCGAGAAUUGAUUGCCCUCUGUAGAGGAAACCCAGCUCAGGUCACACUGAUUAUGGAAAACUUUACCAAUCUUCUAAUGACACAUGACAUCACAUCGCCGGCAUUCCGCGAGCGCGUUUCAUACUGGGGCCGCACAAGAUCCGUUCACUUUAUUCACGAGUUGCUGAAUUUCGCUCGUUCGCCGUACGACAUGAUAGGCUACGAUCGUUGUGUUCAAUACGAUCCUUAUCAGAACAAUGUCGUCGUACUGUCGUCAUCUUCUUCCUCCUCGUCUGGAUCCUCUACAUCGUCCAUAUCCGAAGCGUCCGAUGGUGAGGAUGACGUUGUUCGGAUUGUGGAACCGGCUCCGGGGACUUCGGCGAUGGUGGAAUCGGUUGGAACUCCCGGCGGUAACCGAAACCGAGGAAGAACACAAUUCACGAUAGAGACAAGAUCCUCCGAUCAGACUGUGAUUAUGACUGGGUCAUUUGGUGGGGCUGGUGUUAGCGGCAUCGUGUCAGUAUCCACCUCCGGAACGCAAACAAGUGGUCCCAGUGGAAGCAACCAGAACAACAACAGUAAUAACAAUAAUGGUGUCGGUUUUCCGGAUAUGUCACGGAUACAUCCAUUAACGUCCCUUGCUCCACAAACGGUAAGCCGCUUGGAAGAUGGAGCCAAUAUCUCGCUUUCUUCCAGUGAUAGCGAUGACUGCAGAAUUGUUGGAGCAUUGAAACCACCUCACUUGCGAACACCUGAAAUGGUUAGUUUAGAGUCCGAAAGCGACAGUGACGUGGUAUUCGUGAAUGAAGAUGAAAACAGAAGAGAACCGACAGCUGAAUCACAGAAUUUAUUGUUUGAGGAUCUCCUCUUUCCGAACAAUACUUUCGAACAAGAUGCUAGCACCAAACUGGAGGAACGAUCGGGUGCUUCGGCUUCGGAGUACAAUAACGGUGCUUCAACAUCGUCCGGAGGUGGUGGUGGUGGUGGUGGUGGUGGCAUGAAAAAGUACUACACAAAACCUCGCAUGAACAGAUAUUCCGGUGGAACAGGCGUCAAGAGUAUCUACGAAGCGAGUGAAUCCGAGAAAAGCGAAGCUCCAACUGCUGGUAGUGAGAGUUCAGAGUCAUCUAGUCACGAAGAAUUCAAAUUUAACAUACGCAACCAAUCGACGACAACUAAUCGUCGUCGUAAAGCAGUGAAACGGAGGCCACCAGCCGAUAGCAGUGAUCACAGUGUUGGCGAGCAGAAGUUUUCUUCCGAUGAGGAAUUCUCUUCCAGCAGCAGUUCAUUUUCAAGCUCAAGCUCAAGUUCGGACUCCGCCGACAGUGACAGUGAGUUCCAAUCUGAUAAACCGACCAAGAGCGCCGCCGUGUCCAAACGAUCUCGGAAGUCCAAACUUCACGCUCUACGCAAAUCCAAAAAACGUCAUCAGAGUGAGACAAAAAAGCGCACCAAAGUGAAACAGCAAAAGUCAUCGUCAACCAAAAAUAGCAGAAAACGUCAAAGACUGUCUCCGAAAUCAUCGAAUAGUUGUUUGAAAAGUGAUCCAUCGACUUCUAUCUCUCCAGUGGAUGCACUGCCUGAAAGUAGUAAUGCGGUAUUAAAAAUACACGAUGAAAAUAGCACUACAGGAAAGAGGAAAUUACGCAGUGCUGUGGUGAAACCGGAUCAACAACCAUCAGGAUCAUCGCCACCUAAGAAACGUAAAAAGGUACCCAUUUGCUCUGAGUUAAUCACCAGUACCGACUUUUCCACCGACGAUGAACGACGUGAACCAGUCCAGCGAGCUCCGAUUGAACCAGUGCCAGCAUCCGUACCAAGUUCAGUUGUUUCUACAUGCUCGGAGGUCGUCAGCUCCGAUGAGGACAGUUCCGACAGUGAGGAACAAUGCACAAUCGCUUCUCUCAUCAGAGCCUCCCAGCAUCCAAUGGUCGGAGAGUCAGAACAACAUCUCGAGCGACAAAACACUUCAACUGCAUCCACGGGUAGCAACAGUAGCAAUAACAGCAGAAGUAGUAACAGCAGUACCAACAGUAACUCAUCGACGGUUGCGUCCGGAUCGGAACGAUCGAUUGUGGAAACAUCGCAUUUGCAACUCGAACAGCCCGAUGUCGGACCGUCGUCUCCCGGAUUCGAGGAUGAUUCCGUUGCCGUUCCGCAAAUGGCUGGUGUUGGGGCAGAGGUGGAACUUUGAGAUUUGCUACGAACCAUCGACUUUGAGGAAUGGUGAUUAGUUGCAAUGUGUUGUUAGAAGCGUUGUUGGAACUCUACCAAUUCAAAUCGAUGUUGGCAGUAUCGACGGUUUGGAAUCGAUACAAAUCAUUAGAUCGUCAGUUUCCCGGGACGAGAUCACAACAUCCAUUGUCCAUUGCGGAAGCACUGAUUGAAAGUAGCAGUAGAAUAGGGUUUAAGCACCGGAGCAGCAUGAGGAGGAACAAUAAUCUUAGUUCUCCAGCAACCCCUGGCAUGUUAUUAAGUUGUUUUUCUUUGCCAUUAGCACUCAUAUAUGAACGAAAGAUUAUACUAUGCCGUUGUAUAGUAAAUAAGAUCAGAGUAAUUCAACCAGAAAAUCAAUUUAGCAUACUUAAAUUGAUGUUACAGCUUGUAAACGGCACAGUGUCUUUGACUUAGUUGUAUAAUAAAUAUUCAUUAUAAAUAUACUUCGCAUAUAUUCUUGUAACUACGGCAGACUAAGACUCUGUGUGUGUAGAAAAUCACUAUGCUUGAGUCAAGCCAGCCAUUACAUAAAAAUUAACGUAAUGCGAGAUUUAUGUACAGCCCAGAAAUGAUUCUCGAGAGAGUUUCGGAAAAUUAAUUAACAUAGCAAUUUAACAAUGAACUCUAGAAGAAACUUUUAAUAAAAAUCAUACGUAUUUCGAGAAAGUGUC